AUGUUAGUUUCUUUGAUAUACGACUUCUUUCUUAUUUACUCUUCUUUUCUUUUCCCGCGUAUCGUUUCAGUUCACUUGUUUUAUUCCUCUUUUCUCUUUUUUCUUUCUUCUUCACUUUUUUUUAUUUUUUUUUUCCUCCGAAUCGUUUCAGUUCAUUUGUUUUAUUCCUCUUUUCUCUUUUUUCUUUCUUCUUCUCUUUUUUUUCUUUUUUUUUUUCUCCGUAUCGUUUCAGUUCACUUGUUUUAUUCCUCUUUUCUCUUUUUUCUUUCUUCUUCUCUUUUUUUUUCUUUUUUUUUUUCCGUAUCGUUUCAGUUCAUUUGUUUUAUUCCUCUUUUCUUUUUUUCUUUUCUUCUUCUCUUUUUUUUUUUUUUUUUCUCCGUAUCGUUUCAGUUCAUUUGUUUUAUUCCUCUUUUCUCUUUUUUCUUUCUUCUUCUCUUUUUUUUUCUUUUUUUUUUUUUUCUCCGUAUCGUUUCAGUUCAUUUGUUUUAUUCCUCUUUUCUCUUUUUUUUUCUUUUUUUUUUCUCCGUAUCGUUUCAGUUCAUUUGUUUUAUUCCUCUUUUCUCUUUUUUCUUUCUUCUUCUCUUUUCUUUCUUUUUUUUUUCUCCGUAUCGUCUCCGCACAAUUGUUUUUCUUCUUUCUCUAUUUUUCUUUCUCCUUCUCUUUUUGUGCUUUUCUUUUUCUUUUUUUUCUUUAUUUUUAUCACAUAUCGUUUCGCCUCACUUGUUUUUCUUUGUCCUUUCUCAGGUUUCUUCCUCUUUCUUUUUUUCUUUCUCCAUAUGGUUUCCGCGCAUUGUUUUUCUUGGUCCUUUCUUUUUUUUUCUUUUUCCUUUUCUAAUUUUUUUUCACUUUAACAUAUUUCACUCUUUUCUUUCGACUUAUCAGUUUUCUCUCGUUUUCUGA